CUACUGGGCCACCAUAUGCUGCCAGAUAGAUAGCUAGCUUACUGUUAGCUCUAGUAAGCGUUAGCUUUCUAGUUAGUGAGAUGUUAGGGUUUAGUUAACAUCUAAGUUUUGUGUGUGUGUGUGUGUGUGUUUGUUUGUUUGUUUGUUUGUUUUGUUGUUGAAAUCCUUUUUUACUUUCUUUGUUGUUUGUUUGUGCUUAUAGCAUUUAUACAUUUCAGCAGAGGCAGUUUAAAGACAAGAGAAGUCAAAGAGAUGAUGCAAGGGAAAGGUGUGAAGGUGAAAGAUGUUUUAUCUGUACUCCAUGGACAACAGAAAGAGGCUCCCAGGUUCCUCCACUUCUGGAAGUUUGGUUUUUUGGUCUUCCUCGUUCCCACAACAACCAGCCAGAGCUCUCAUUGUUGAGGCAUUACCACCCUGGUGGUCAGAGACUUGCACAGUGCUUUGUGAUGCACUUGACAACUUCCUGUCGCUGGCCUGUAGUCUCGAUGGACCCUGCAGGAUACCACUACUUAGCCUGUAUGCCAUCAGCAUGCAGCAAGAGUGUCUUCUGCCAUUUGUGCAAGUUCGUGGUAACUUGGCCAGACUGCAUUCCUGUGUUGAAGAGCUGAGGUCUAUUCCAGGUGAAGGCUGUAUUAGAGGAACAUCUAAAGGAGCUGAUGUGUUGCGACAGGCAGUGCUGGACAGUCUGCAGCAGUUUAAACAGUACAUCAGACACACCAGUGCUGGCAACAAAGCUUGUAAUAAUGCAUCUGUGGAGGUUACCGUGGUGACCAGCCAGCUGGGGCACAGAGUUGUUCGUCAGCUGGAGACAGGGCUCAAAGAUGCUGACCUGGUGUCACUGAGGCGGCUCCUGGUUGUACAGAUCUGUGGUGCAGGUGACUGGGGACAGGACUCUCCCUCACCUGAGGACACUCAGACUGAAGAUGCUCUGAUGUUGGGCACAGAGGUCAACCUCCAGCAGGUGGAGAACAGCGUGUUUGCCAUGGAGACUGUAUUAAAGGCAUGGCUUCAAGACCAAGGAGGAGACAGAGAGCAUCUCCACCUUCUGCUACCAACCCCCUCUGAUAAUCCCAUUCCAGUGUGUGUGAAGUGUGACAUGCAGGAGCGUCUGGUUAGCCCCGCUCUGGUACCCCUGACCCCCAACCUUGGAGUAAAGACUGAGAGCAUUAGAGACUUCCUGCCUGUCAUUAAGGACUCGGCCAAUCAGAGCUCCACACCACAGAAACUGAAGGCAGUCAAGCUGCUACGUGCAGACGGAGUGUGUGAGAGUGUGUUGUAUGGCCUGCCGCUGGUCAUCCGCCCCACCACCUGCUGGCGUCUGGACUGGGAUGAGAUGGAGACCAACCACAGCUUGUUCCACGCUCUCUGCCACACACUCAGGAGUCGUGACUUGUUACUGCUGCUGCAGAUGGAGUCUGAUCUAAGGUCUGCAUCUGCAGCCUCAGGUGUGCAUUCUCACUAUAUCCUCCAGCCAUCCCCAUCCCUCUCCCUCCUCUUGAAGCCUGUCGUCUCCAGAGAGUUGCUGCUGCCCUGCUCCCAGCCUGUCUCAGCUCAGGACCCAGCACCUUCUGCCUUGCAGACUGUGCAGGGUUGUCUUGCUCAGCUCAGUGAGGAGUUUGUGUUGAACCCGCUCUCACUGAGCAGUAACCUGUACCAGCACCUCAGGCACAGAGGCCUGCGCUCACAGCCACGGUACCCAUACAGACUUCAGUCAGCAGCUGCACACAGAGAGCAUCCUCAGACUCUACAGAGCCCCAGAAACACAGCCAGCCGACAGCCACGACAGCUACAAAAACAGGGUCGCCAACUGGGCUCCAACAGCAAGGUCAGGGCCACUGUGGCUCCUCUGCCCUCAACCGCCUCCUCCUUCUCUUCUUCCUCCUCCCUGGGACCUCCUCCUGCAAAGAAUUCCCGCCCAGCUCUGAGCUUCCUCAGCAGCAGCUGUUGGGCCCGGGCCCCAGCUCAGGAAGACGGUGAUGAUGGCAGCUCUGUGAUAAUACAGUAACUGAAGGGUGAAUGGAAGAAAGAGGGCAGUAAAAAAAAAUGCUGAUCACAUCCUUAAAACACACACUUUGAAAUCCUGACCUUCAGAGGGGUUUCCACACAUUAAUAGUAAAGCUUAGUCAGCAUAUAGGCAAAAACACACACACACGUUUACUAAUUGGUCUACAUUGUAAAGCCUGUGAGCAAUUACGCAGCUAAUAAAGCCUUUAAAGACGUUGUAAAGCAAGGGAAGACAUGAUAAUUUGCACAUAAAUACACAGACAGUAACUUGCUGUGAUAAUACCCUGAUUCUGCAUUACACUCUGCGAGGUUUCAUUUGACAUUUCUUUUCAUCUCUACUCUCACCACACAAGCAGUUUUAGCAGUUCUGACUAGAC